AUGAAGGCUGUCAUGAAAAGAAGGUUCGUUCCUAAUCAUUUCCAUCGUGAUAUACACCAAAGGUUACGGAAAUUGGUGCAGGGAAAUCAAAGUGUGGAGGAGUACUUCAAGGAGAUGGAGAUACUCAUGAUUAGGGCCGAUAUCGAGGAAGAUAGGGAAGCUACUUUGCAAAGAUUCCUUGGUGGUUUGAAUCAAGACAUUCAAGAUAGAGUGGAAUUACAACAUUAUGUCGAAGUUGAAGAACUGUUGCAUUUGGCUAUCAAAUGUGAGCGACAGCUCAAGAGGAGGGCAAAUUCACGUCCAACUUAUAGCAAAGGAUCAUCUAGCAUGAGAUCGAGCUUUGUUAAGGAGGAAAAGUAUGCCCCUGGAUCAAAACAAGAAACAAAGCCAACCACAUCAAACCAAGGGAAUCGAGGUAAACCUGAAUCUUCUACUGCACGCAAUCGAGAUGUUAAAUGCUAUAAAUGCUUGGGCAGGGGCCAUUUUGCUAACGAAUGUCCCAAUAGAAGAGUUAUGGUGUUGCGUGAUGAUGGUGAGAUAGAAACGGAGGCAGAAUGUGAUACAGAAUCUAUGCCAUCAUUAAAGGAUGAUUUUGAAGAGCAACUUCCUGCCAAAGGAGAAGCAUUGGUUAUACGGAGAAUCCUGAAUCUGAAAGCCAAAGAAGAAGAGGUAGUACAGCGGGAGAACAUUUUCUAUACUCGAUGCCUUAUUCAAAACAAGGUAUGUAGUGUGAUUGUUGAUGGGGGGAGCUGUACAAAUGUUGCUAGUGCUACAAUGGUGGAGAAGCUGAAUCUACAACCGACAAAGCAUCCUAAGCCCUAUAGGUUGCAAUGGUUGAAUGAUAGUGGAGAGGUGAAAGUUUCCAAGCAAGUAAGGGUUCCUUUUUGCAUUAGAAAGUAUGAAGAUGAAAUUCUCUGUGAUGUAGUACCAAUGCAGGCCAGCCAUUUGUUGUUGGGGAGACCGUGGCAGUUCGAUAGACGUGUGCAACAUGAUGGUUACAGCAACAAAUACUCGUUCGAGUUUAAAGGUAGCAAAAUCCGACUUGUUCCUUUAACUCCGAAGGAAAUCUACGACGAUCAUAUCAAGCAGGAAAACACAAAUGCGUGGAAACAAAAGAAUUUCUUCCUGAGAGCUUGUGAGAUAAAAAAAGCUUUGUUUUCAAGUCAGCCAAUCAUUGUACUUCUGUACAAAGAGGCUCUUUCUAACUUGAAUGAUUUUUCAUCAUCUUUGCCAAGUGUUCUUCAAGAUGUUUUGCAGGAGUACAAAGACGUCUUUCCCAAAGACAUUCCCCGAGAAUUACCGGCGAUUCGUGGCAUUGAGCAUCAGAUAGACUUUGUUCCGGGCGCUAGCAUUCCGAAUAAGCCGGCCUACAGAAGUAACCCCGAGGAAACGAAGGAACUUCGAAGACAAAAAGAUGGAACUUGGAGGAUGUGCGUUGAUUGUCGAGCUAUCAACAACAUAACGGUAAAGUAUCGUCACCCUAUUCCGCGUUUAGAUGAUAUGCUUGAUGAAUUGCAUGGUUCUUGUAUAUUUUCUAAGAUUGACCUCAGGAGUGGGUACCAUCAAAUCAGAAUGCGUGAGGGUGAUGAAUGGAAAACUGCCUUUAAGACUAAGCAUGGUUUAUAUGAAUGGUUAGUGAUGCCUUUUGGUUUAACUAAUGCACCCAGCACUUUCAUGCGAUUAAUGAAUCAUGUCUUGAGAUCUUAUAUUGGACAGUUUGUUGUUGUAUACUUUGAUGACAUCCUAAUCUAUAACAAAGGUUUGAAUGAGCAUGUUGAAUACUUGAAACUUGUUUUGGAUGUCCUGCGACAAGAGAAGCUAUUUGCUAACCCAGAAAAGUGUACUUUCUGCAAGGAUAAGCUUGUGUUUUUAGGUUUUGUGGUGAGUGCACAAGGAAUUCAGGUUGAUAAAGAAAAGGUGCAAGCCAUCCGAGAUUGGCCGAGUCCUAAAGGUGUUGGAGAAGUUCGAAGCUUUCAUGGCUUAGCUAGCUUCUACAGGAGGUUCGUAAAGGACUUUAGCACAAUCGCAGCCCCACUUACUGAAGUGAUCAAGAAGAACCUUGGAUUUCAAUGGGGAACAGAUCAACAACGCGCAUUCGAGUUGUUAAAGGACAAGCUAACCAAUUCUCCCUUAUUAGCUUUGCCUAACUUUUCUAAAACGUUCGAAAUUGAGUGUGAUGCUUCAGGUGUCGGAAUAGGAGCUGUUCUCAUGCAAGAAGGACGACCAAUUGCUUAUUUCAGUGAGAAAUUGAACGGAGCAACGUUGAACUACCCAACUUAUGAUAAAGAGCUUUACGCAUUGGUUCGCGCUUUGCAAACAUGGCAACAUUACUUGUGGCCUAAGGAAUUCGUGGUUCACACCGAUCAUGAAUCUUUGAAGCAUCUAAAAGGCCAACACAAGUUGAAUAAAGGACAUGCCAAGUGGGUAGAAUUCAUUGAGACAUUUCCAUAUGUCAUUCGGUAUAAGCAAGGUAAGGAAAAUAUCGUUGCCGAUGCGUUGUCAAGAAGGUACGUUUUGCUCUCUACUCUUGAUGCUAAGAUGCUGGUAUUUGAACACAUCAAGGAGCUUUAUGCUAAUGAUCAUGACUUUAAAGAUGUCUAUGAAUCUUGUGCGAUGACUGCUAGUGGAAAGUUCUUUAGGCACGAAGGCUACUUGUUUCGUGAAAAUAAACUUUGUGUGCCUAAUUGCUCCAUGAGAGAAUUGCUUGUUAGGGAAGCUCACGGUGGUGGAUUAAUGGGUCACUUCGGAAUAACAAAAACACUUUCGGUUUUGAAGGAGCAUUUCUUUUGGCCUCACAUGAAAAGAGAUGUCGAAAAGAUCUGUAGUGGAUGCAUUACAUGCAAAAAGGCCAAGUCCCGACUUCAACCGCAUGGUAUGUAUACUCCUCUACCAAUUCCUAGUGAGCCUUGGAUCGACUUAUCCAUGGAUUUUGUGCUUGAGUUGCCUAGGACAAGGACUGGUAAAGAUUCGAUUUUCGUUGUCUUUUCACCUUUCGAAAUUGUUUACGGCUUUAAUCCUUUGACUCCAUUGGAUUUGAUUCCUUUGCCAUUUUCUGAACAUGCUAACCUUGAUGGAAAAAGAAAAGCUGAGUUUGUUAAGCAGAUUCAUGAGACAGCCAAGUUGAACAUAGAAAAGAAGACGGAGCAAUAUGCAAGACAUGCCAACAAAGGAAGAAAGGAAGUGAUUUUUGAACCUGGCGACUGGGUUUGGAUUCAUAUGCGUAAGGAAAGAUUCCCAAAGGAAAGAAAAUCAAAGCUGAUGCCUAGGGGAGUUGGACCGUGUGACAACCCAGAUGAUGAGGAGGAUGUACCUAGGAGGCAACCACGAAUUCAAAGACACCAAGGUACAGAUUUGAAACUCAAACCUCCUACUUUUGCUGGUAAAGUUAACCCUGAAGCUUAUCUCGAUUGGGAGAGGCGGAUGGAAAAUAUUUUCGAUUGCUAUACAUAUACCGAACAGAGGAAGGUUCAAUACGCGGCGGCUCAACUCACGGACAAUGCACUCACAUGGUGGGAUCGAGAAAUAGCCGAAAGGAGACGUUCUCACUAUGAUCCAAUAAUCUCCUGGAGGGAAAUGAAACAUCUCAUGAGAAAGAGGUAUGUUCCACCACAUUUCCAUCGGGAUUUACAUAGACGAUAUCGUAAGUUGGCGCAGGGUAACAGAUCGGUUGAAGACUACUUUGAGGAGUUUGAGCAUCUUCGGAAUCGAUUAGAGAUAGAAGAGGAUGAUGAGACUGUUAUGGCUCAAUUCCUAGACGGACUACAAGAACGCAUUGCAAGAAAGGUAGAAAGACAAGUUUACCAUGAUAUUCAUGACCUUUUACAUCUUGCUGUGCAAAUAGAGCAGCAGAUACACAAGAAACAAGCUAGGACAAUCCGGUCCAGAAUGCCUAGCAAUGUGUAUCCGAGAACCCAGAGCAAAGGACACAACAUGCCCACCUCAAAACCUAUUCAGGAGGAUCCAAAGAACAAAGGAAACGGCAUUGCAACAUCCAAAGGUGAAACUUCUGUAAGUAACAAAUCUAACACUCCGAGCCACGAGAUUCUUUGUUACAAGUGCAGGGGUCGAGGACAUUAUGCUCGUGAUUGUCCAAACAAGCGUGUAAUGGUCAUCACCGAGGCUGGAGAUUAUGAUUCUUUGGAUGAGGAAGAGGCUGAAAAUCUGGAAGAAGAAGUUGAGUAUCCGGAUAGUGGGGAGCUACUUGUCACACGGCCAUGA